AAAGAAUUAACAAAAAUUUAAUCAAUUUUUAUAAGCGCUUUAUAUUUCCUUAAGAACACUAGAAAUAUUUUUAUUUAUAUAAUUUUCACAAACAAUCGUUACACUUGAUUUAAAACGAAAAAAUAAUUCAAAUAUAAUGUUGUUUACUUUUUAAACAAAAUUCUCUUUUUUUUCCCCCUCUCGUAUUUUUGGACACGAUUUUCAAACCACGUCAGUCUGCAAUGUCUGCAACUUUUAUUGUUCAACCAUAACCAAGAAAUAUCGAAAUAUACAUGAAAUUGUUUUAUAAUAAAAGUUUAUUUUUGUGUAUAAAAUACGGUUUCAUUUUUAAAUAAUAAAAAUUGAUAAAAUAUUGUUCUAAAGAACGUACAUGUCACUUUUUCAGUUAUUGAGUUUUUCUAAACAAAUUAAUUCAAUUUACACGUCUUGAUUUAUAUUUCGUCAUUUAUUUUUGGUGGUAGAACAAAAAUAAAUAAAAUGAAUUUAACAAUGUGGAUUUUAAUUAUUUGUUGCUCGUGGUUAACAUUUGUUAAUGGUCAGGGUGAUAGAAUUGCGCCUGGUGUCCCUCCACAACAUUAUCAACAGCAAUAUCAGCAAGUACCUCAACAAAAUGUGCCGAUGCAACAUGGGCAACAACAAUAUAAUGCUCCUGUACAACAGCAACAAAUGCAUCAACAACAAAUGCCUGUACAACAACAAGUUCCAAUGCAUCAACAGGUACCUGUACAACAUCAUCAACAAGUACCGCAACAUCAUCAGCAACAGCAGCAACAACCUCAUGGUCAUGGACAUGCUCAUCAUGGAGAACGUCAACAACUUCUCAACGCUGCCAAUAUUGCACAGGAAAAAGACCAUAUUAAAGAACAUAUGGAAGUACCACUUGACACAUCUAAAAUGACUGAACAGGAAUUACAAUUCCAUUACUUUAAAAUGCACGAUGCUGAUAAUAAUAACAAAUUAGAUGGUUGUGAACUUAUUAAAUCUCUUAUUCAUUGGCAUGUCGAUCUGGAGCCUGAAAAUGAGCAUGGAGGUAAAGAUCCAAAUAUGCCUGAGGAGGGAGCAAAAAUUUUCAGUGACGAUGAAUUAGUACAAUUAAUUGAACCAAUUUUACAAUCGGAUGACAGAAAUCAAGAUGGUUUCAUUGAUUAUCCCGAAUUUAUUCGAGCUCAAGAGAAAAAUGCCGCCAAAUCAACUUGAUGAUUGAAUUUUGCAUAAAAGUGUGAAAAAAAAGAAUAUAAUAUAAGUUAUUUUAAUUCUAAGAAACAAAUCGUGUUGACUCUUAAUACCGCAUACAGAAAUUAAAUAUUAUAACAAACAGGGAUUUGCCACUAGAUUUGAGAAAAAGUAAUUUAUUGCAAUUUUAGGCAAUUUGUACUUUAUUAAUGAAAACACUUUAAAAAAUUAAAAAAAAAAACAAACAAACAUUUUUGUACAUUCUGAAGAAUACUUUAUAAGAUUCAAGUUUUUUUUAUUCUUUUUUUUGUUUAAAGUAUGGGAAUAAGGAAUGAAAUGGAAUUUUGAAUUUAUUGUAUUUUUAAGGGAACUGUAUAAAUGACAUAAAAAAUAAAUUAUAUUUUAAGUUAUAAA